AUGAAAGGUGGGCACCGGAAGCCCUCUAAAUCCGAAGCCAACGAACCAUCUAGCUACGGAAUUGGUCCUCCGAGUAGGUCAGGUCCUAAUUCCAAUGUCGUCGUUAGCCACGCUUCUCGCGGCGGGCUGGUUCCUUCUUCUCCGUCGCCAGCGACGGCCACUCCGCCACCUCCGCCGAUGGGGCCGGUAGAGCCACUCCCGUUGUUCAGGGACGUUCCGGUCUCAGAGAGGCAAACUCUGUUCCUGAGGAAACUUCAAAACUGUUGCUUCCAAUUCGAUUUCACUGACACGAUUAAGAACGCGAGAGAGAAGGAGAUCAAGAGGCAAACGCUCUUAGAGCUGGUGGAUUUUAUACAGUCUGGAGCUAGUAAGAUCUCAGAGCUUUGUCAGGAAGAAAUGAUAAAGAUGGUUUCCGUGAAUAUAUUCCGGUGUCUCCCUCCGGCGUCACACGAGAACACUGGUCAAGAGCCUGCAGAUCCUGAGGAAGAGGAGCCUUAUUUAGAACCUGCUUGGCCUCACUUGCAGCUAGUUUACGAGUUGCUGCUUAGAUACAUUGUUUCCACUGACACGGAUACGAAACUCGCCAAACGGUACAUCGACCAUUCUUUUGUUUUGAAGCUGCUCGACUUGUUUGAUUCCGAAGAUCCGAGAGAGAGGGAGUAUUUGAAAACGAUUCUUCAUAGGAUCUACGGGAAGUUUAUGGUCCACAGGCCGUUUAUUAGGAAAGCGAUCAACAACAUUUUCUAUAGGUUUAUAUAUGAGACAGAGAGACACAGUGGGAUUGGAGAACUCUUGGAGAUUCUAGGGAGUAUCAUAAACGGGUUUGCUUUGCCUAUGAAGGAAGAGCACAAGCUGUUUCUGAUCAGAGUGUUGAUACCAUUGCAUAAGCCGAAGCCAAUAGCUAUAUAUCAUCAGCAGUUGUCUUACUGCAUCGUUCAGUUUGUGGAGAAAGAUUAUAAGCUGGCGGAUACAGUGAUCAGGGGGUUGUUAAAGUAUUGGCCUGUGACAAACUGCACUAAGGAGAAUCUCUUCCUUGGAGAGCUUGAAGAAGUUCUUGAGGCAACACAGCCUGUUGAGUUCCAGCGUUGCAUGGUUCCAUUGUUUCAACAGAUUGGUCGCUGCCUCAAUAGCUCUCACUUUCAGGUUGCAGAGCGAGCACUGUUCUUGUGGAACAACGAGCACAUCGUGGGACUUAUCGCACAGAACCGAAGUGUAAUCCUUCCAAUCAUAUACCCCGCACUGGAGAAGAACAUCCAGACUCACUGGAACCAAGCGGUUCAUGGUCUAACUGCAAAUAUAAAGAAGAUGUUUAUGGAGAUGGAUCCUGAGCUGUUUGAAGAAUGCCGGAGACAAUACGAAGAGAAGCAAGCGAAAUCCAAAGAAGUAGAAGAUAAACGCCAAUUUACAUGGAAAAGAUUAGCCGAAGCUGCGGCAGAGCGUGAGCGUGACCGAGUUGGACGAGGAGAAGAAGAUCACAUGAUCAUUUCCUAG